AAUUUUCCUUAAAAGUUCAGUGAGAGACAUUGCCUGAGUCUCUAGCAAGUCUCUUUUAGUGUCUGCCAGGUAACCAUAACCACUUUGAGAGGAGUGGUAUUUCUCUGAAUUUGGACCAAUGAUGUAUAGCUUUUUGUGCAAUAAGGAAAUUAAUAAACCCAGCUACGAUCCAUUUCUCAAAGCUGGGCCAGAGGUUUCCUGCUGUAGCAAAGAUAAUGCUGAGGACUUGAGGCAGGGCUACCACCUCAGGAAUGGGUCUCGAAGACUGUUCUCUAGGAGAAGAUCCAACAGUUUCAGUGGAUGUACCCUACCUAGCAUCCCUGAAUAUCCAGGUUUCCAGGAUGUCAAGAUUUCACGGAAUAGCUGCAGAGUAUUGGGCAUGAACCAAGAUGUUUUGGCUAUUGGAAAAAAAGGAAACAGUUCAACGAUGGAGAUAUCUCAUCAUGAUCUAACCCUAGGCAGAGAUACCGGCUGUUCUUUGGGGCCCCAUUCUACAAGGAAUCGUCAAAACACCAAUGGAGACUUUGUGGACCAAAGCCUAGAAGACUAUUUCAACCAAAGGCUGACUGACCUCAGAAACUACAAAGUCAAAGGACCCAACAUGAAGGCCCAGGGAGGGGCUGAGGCGUCUUCCCGACCCUUCCCUCCCUUCAGGACCCUAAGAAGAAGAAGAAGCAGUUCUGAAUUGUUAGCAAGCCAAGUCAAAGAUCUGACAGAAUCCUACAUCAUGGAGGCCCAGGCUCCUUAUCUUCCACUUAGCUUUGAUCCACAGGAAAGUCAAGGAGGGUUAGAUUUCCGUAGCAAGAACAACUACCUGGAUAUAUUGAUUUUGAAUGCAAUUACUCCAUUAGAAAUGCUCAAGCAGCUGAAUGUCAGGCCCUAGAAUUGUUCUAGCAAGGUUUGGCAGAUAGAUUGUUGCUAGACAAUUCACAUGUCCAAGAAAAUCAAUUUAACAGCCUCAGUUGGUGAGUGUUGUCGUGGCUGUUAUUCAGUAAUAGUUACACAUGAACCCUAAUCCCUUCAAUCAUUGCAUGCUUCCCCUCUCUCUGGCCAAUUCUAAAGAGUCAUCUUGUAGUCACUAGCCCCUCUCCACUGGCACUGGACAUGCUUCCUCUCACAAAUCCGAUAAGCCACAAAAUAAAGGUUCCAAGCUCUGCACAAGAGUCACUGUUUAUGGAGACCCACAAACACAUAGUUGGGAGCUAAAUUUUUUAUUAGGAUAUACACCAAGUCAAUUUUAUUCACUUAUUUAUUUUUAAUUUGUACCUAUAUUGAAUAUUUCAUGAUAGAGUCAUAGGUAUAGAGCUGGAAAGAACUGGGUACAAUUUGCUCAUUUUACAAAUAAGAAAAUUAAGACCUACAGAAAUUAAGUGUUUGCUGGAAGCUACAAAAACAGAUAUCAGCUGAAUAACUUGAACCCAUGUUUCCUGACUUUAUAGCUUAGGCUUUUCUCAUUGCACUUCACGUUAAUUUGACCAUUAUUUAAAUGUUGAGUUCAUUUUAUAUAGGAUAUUCUUUUUUUGUUCAUCAGAUUAAAGAAAUUAAAAC